CCCGUGCGGCAGCUGCAGUAAGUUCCACCGCAGCUCUAUCUCAGGUUGGUCAACUAGUGUUGGGACUCGGCAGUUCCGUCGACUUCAGCUGCAGCGUUUCCCUCGCGGGUGUCUCCCCGCAGCCUCCGGAGAGAAGACGGACCCUCCCUCUGUCAGAGAAAUGUCUGCUCCAGCUCAGCCACCUGCCGAAGGGGCAGAAGGGACUGCCCCAGGUGCGGGUCCCCCUGGCCCUCCUCCUAAUAUGAGCAGUAACAGACGACUACAGCAAACCCAGGCACAAGUAGAGGAGGUGGUGGACAUCAUGCGUGUGAAUGUGGACAAGGUCCUGAAGAGGGAUGAGAUGCUGUCAGAGCUGGAUGACAGAGCUGAUGCCUUGCAGAUGGGAGCGUCACAAUUUGAGAGCAGUGCUGCCAAGCUAAAGAGGAAGUAUUGGUGGAAAAACUGCAAGAUGAUGAUCAUGCUGGGAGCUAUCUGUGCCAUCAUCGUGGUAGUUAUUGUAAUCUACUUUUUUACUUGAGAAUGUGCCACCCCUUCCCUGUUCUCCGUUGCCAUCCGAACUCCUGUUCCUCUCCCUCCUGUUCUCUCAACAAACUUCCCCAUCUACCUCCCUCUAUCCCAGCCCAGGCUUCUCCAUUGCUCAUUCCUCUUUUUCUGUUGUUUUCAUUUGCACUAUGCCCCUCAACACUAGAAAUGCUACUCCUGCCGCAGUCUUGAAGUAACUACCUGAAGAGCAACAGCUGGCACCUCCUCCCUACCCCCUUCUUAUGUACUCUCAAAUUCCUCCAAAGCCAAAAAGAGUUGGAGGCCAAGGGAAGGGGAUGGGACGUAGCCGGGGUGACACACCCAAGAAAGUGCCAGGUUUGGGGGAGGAGAAGGGUAUCAGUGCCCAUGGUCUCACCAGGAAAAUCCAGGCCACUGGCAGGAGGAAGCCGUGAACCCCUGGGAAAAUGGUGGCUCACUCAGGGCUACCCUGGUCACUUGGAGCUCUUCUCCUGUGCCAGGCCUGAGGAGGAUCCUGGGUGGCCCAAAGUCCAACUUGGUCCUGGUGCAACACCCUUUUAGAAAGUAAAAACUGUUUUUUGCAGUUAUUUCUAAUCUGUUAGUCUAAGAUUUUCUACUUCUUCAGGGAUCUUACAGCCUUUUAAUUUGUUCUCCAGAGACCUGGAGAACACAUAUUAAUUGUGAAAAUACCAGAACUCUCAUUCCCAUCCUAGAAGCAGCCCCACAAGCUCAUAACUGGAAGGGGCUUUCUCUUGUCCACGUUUUCUGCAGCAUUCUGUACUGUUCAUGAGAGCACCAAGUAAUUUGAUAUAGUCAAAGUUUGGGACUCUCAGUCAGUUAGUUUUAAGUGUUGGCACGAAGGGAGAAUGCCUGUUAGCUAUAGAGAAACAGUGAGUCAGAGGCCUAAUUUGAAAAGAGCAAGCUCCGAGGAAGCCACUCUUACACUCUCAUUAAGGAGGGUCUUGUUCCUCCCUUCCUGUUGAUCAAGGGGUGUGAGGGUCCUUGGACUUUCAGGGACUGCUUCCUCCACAUCACCCCUGUGUGCUUGCAAAGACAGGGAUGAGGCAAGAGGUUCUUCCUGAGGCCUGGACGAUUCUGAGUAUUAAGACAAGUCCAGUGUACCCACCAACUCAGUCUUGGGGUGAGAGGCAGGAUAGGCUGUAGACAGGUGUGCUUGUGUAUUGCUAUGCUGUCAUGGGGCCCUCUCAUUUUGAGCCACGUCUCUGUUCUUCCUGCAGUACACUCCCCUUCGAAAUCACGUGUACCCCUCUGAGUUCCACUUUGCCUCUUUUCCUUUUCUCCGCUUUGCAUGGUUUGUGGCUACAGACAGUGGAAUCUGAGGAUGGGAACUACUCAGCCUGUCUUGGGAGCCACUGCUAGGCUUCAGGCUAGGACAUUGAGUGGGAUAGACCCAGGUGUGAGGGGAGGCGGGCAGAUUGGGAACAGAAGGGGGAACGCCCAUGACCCUUUAUUCCUUCUGUCCUCUGGUUCACAAGCAGGGAGAGACUGAGGCCACCAGGCUGGGCUGGGUCUGGAUGCUCACUUUCCAUGCAGCAGCAUUUCAUUGCACAAAACCAUCCUUCCUCUCCCUUUGCCCAUUUCCCACAUUCCCUUCGUCCUGCCCCAGGGUGGGACGGAAGAGCUGGAAGAAAGCUGUCAGUGUACCCUCCCACCGAUCCCCUCUCGAAGGUCUCCAGGCCCUCUGGGCCCCUUGCCUAAUGCAGGGAGUCACCGCUGGAGAAGAAGCACCACUGUCCUCGAUGUGUCCCAAGCCUGGAUCAAAUUGGCCCUCUUGGCCCGCCCAGCCCUGUCACAGGACUUCCUUCCUGGGUUUCUGUCCCUUUGAGGUUCCUCAGAUAUAGCUGGCUUUGUUCUUUUGGGAAUGUUAGCCCGUCUACUUCGUUCUCGCCCCACCUGAUACCCCUUCUGUGUCUUUGCUGUCCCCAUUCCCUCCUACCACCCAUGUGCAUGAGCAAAUAUGCAACUAAACCCUGGGACUUUGCAGUCAAAUGGAGCCGAGCUUCCCACAUCCCCUUUGGUUUGCUAUGAGAUGCUGUGGGGUUUCCACUGUGUGUCUGUCAUCACCUCUUUGUCUUUUUCCUAACCCCAAUCUCAUUCUUGUAUAGAAUAAUAACAGCUGUACUUCACCAAAGGCAUGUGACAUAUUUACCAAUUUCUUGUAUUCUGAACACAGGCAAAAAAUACAAAUUCCUACCACUA